AUGACGGAGAAUAUGACUGAGAGCCCAGAGCGGCUCGAGGCAGAACUCUCCCUGCUCGAAGCCAUGUACCCAAGCAGCAUCACGUACGCGCCCCGAAGCCGAGAGCUAUGGUUCAAAGCCUCGUCAUCCUCGGGAGAACUAAAGCUGCGACUGCCGGACUCAUAUCCUGGAGCGGGGUUCCCGACUUUGAUAUCAGCACGCGAUGGGGCGAAAAACGAUCUCAGAGACCAUACGCGGCGCAUGAUCGCGGAUCUGGACCUUGUGGAAGGCGAGGAGGGACUCGAUCGAAUCAUCGUGGCGUUUGACGCGCUGGUUUAUGAUCUUAUAUCCAAGGCUACAUCUCCGGAUGCUUCAUUAUCACAGCAAUAUCUGGAGUCGGCUGAGUCUGGGUCUGGGUCUGGGUCUGGGUCCAGGUCCUUGAGAUCUGACGGGACCCACGCCCAAGAGCCGAAGGGCGCAGACCCAAUGGCUCCGAAGACCGUGAUCAUCUGGCUGCACCACCUGCUCGCGACAUCGAAGCGAAAACUCGCCAUCGCACCUUCACUGACAGUGGCGUCACCAGCUACCUCCACGCCCGCCAAAGUCACAGCGCCAGCAAUUUCAGUCUCCGGCCUCUCCAAACCAGGCUAUCCGGGGAUCAUGAUCUUCAGCGGCGCCGCAGCCCUCGUGGACGCGCACGUGCGAGAACUGAAGGACCUCAAUUGGCAGGCUUUCCAGGUGCGGUAUGAUUCAUCGGAAGACGAUGGCCGGGGAGGAGCAGGCGGCCUAGCGCGACGUUGGAAGUUCAAGCAUGAAGAAGAAGACACAACCGCCGCCUCCAGCGCCGAGAGGAUCGUCGAGGUCGAGACGAUGGCGGACCUGGUCAAAGGGAUUGUGGAUGAGGGGGACCGCGAGGUCUUUCUGCACGCUGUUGGCGUCAAGUGA